UAGGUCCGAGCCAAAUCUAUCCCAAAGAAAGGUCCCGCUAACCCUGAAAAACGGUAUCAUGUAGGCCUACUAUGGUUAUGGAGCAAAUUAGGGCGCAUGCGUUUUAGGGAGGUUUGCCCCCACCCAUACAGGCUACCACCCCAAGAGAGAAGAAAGGGGCAGGUGUGACAGCAGGAGGCAGGCGAAUGGAUGAUGUCUCUCAUUCUGUCCCUUAGUUACUGUAACCAUCUUACGCACUGUGCUUCUUGGUGACCAGACGGACGACCUACUAAUGACAGUUAGAACAGGUCUUUGCUAGCCAUUUAGUCAAACUGCAUGUCCACUUUUUCUCCUUGCCUUUCGGAGUGUUUCAGGCUUGCUGACCGGACACGUCGAUCUAACCGAACGUGGAUCUAUCCAAAGGAGACCUAGACUGCAGACAGACACGUGUUCCGAGGAGCGCCAACGCCAGUCGGGGCCAGACCCCUGGAGACGCCCGCCCGCCUGCCAGCGCUGUCGUUCUCCCAGCCAUUCAGUUUCCCUCUUCCACAAAAGACAUUGAUUAAAAUGGCCUGUGUAUGAUGAGCAUAGGCGGGGCUAUGGCCAGCGAACCCCUGGAAGGCUUCCACGAGGUGAACCUGGCCUCUCCCACCACGCCGGACCUCCACGGCCUGGCCGACCAGCGCCCCUCCAAAAGUGUCUCCGGCAGCGUGGCCAGUGGCAGCACUCCACCCACCGCCAUCUACCGAACGCACUCCCUCACGGCGCCACCCAAUGCCCUGCGUGCCGACCAGCUGCCAACGCAGCCCGUCUACUCCACCCCGCACCACCUGGGCACACACUUGGCCAAUGAGCAGCCUCACAAUGGCAGUGUUCCUGGUCUGGAUGCUGUAACCUCUGGCUCCUCUCACAGCGAGGCGGAGGCGGUGGAUGGCGGGGGGGAGGAGGGGGAGAACCCCCUGAGCCUGAGCACCGACAGCCUGUCACGCCUCAGGAGCCCCUCCGUCAUGGAAGUAAGAGAGAAAGGGUAUGAGCGAUUGAAGGAAGAGCUUGCCAAAGCACAGAGGGACCUUAAGUUAAAAGACGAAGAAUGUGAAAGGCUAUCUAAAGUCAGGGACCAACUGGGGCAGGAACUGGAGGAGCUCACAGCGAGCCUGUUCGAGGAGGCCCAUAAGAUGGUGCGGGAGGCCAACGUGAAGCAGGCCGCGGCAGAGAAGCAGCUGAAGGAAGCUCUCGGCAAGAUCGAUGUCCUGCAGGCAGAAGUGGCAGCGCUGAAGACCCUGGUCCUCUCCACCUCCCCCACCUCGCCCAGCAAGGAGCUGCCGUCGGGCCCCAAAGCCCCCUUCAAGAAGGGCCACGCCCGCAACAAGAGCACCAGCGCCAUGCUGGGCAGCCAGCAGGAGAACAGCGCCCCCCAGCCCAUCGUGCGCGAGUGCAAAGAGGUGGACUCGCUGUUGUUCGGUGAGUUUAGGGCGUGGAAGGAAGAGCCCACCGUGGAGAGGAGCGGCUCCUUCCUGGAGCGCAUUUACAGAGAGGACAUCUACCCCUGCCUCACCUUCUCCAAAAGCGAGCUGGGAUCGUCUAUCCUGGAGGCAGUGGAGAAGAACACUCUGAGCGUGGAGCCCGUGGGCUUCCAGCCGCUGCCCGUAGUCAAAGCCUCUGCUGUGGAGUGUGGAGGACCAAAUGGCUGGAGGUCUGAAAUAGUCACAAAAUGUGCCCUCAGUGGCCAGACCAAAACCUGCAAGCACAGAAUCAAGUUCGGCGACUCCAGCAACUACUACUACGUGUCUCCAUUCUGCCGCUACCGGAUCACCUCCGUCUGCAACUUCUUCACGUAUAUCCGCUACAUCCAGCAGGGCCUGGUCAAGCAGCAAGAUGCUGAGCAGAUGUUUUGGGAGGUCAUGCAGCUACGCAAGGAGAUGUCAUAUGCCAAGCUGGGCUACUACAAGGACGACCUCUGAGCUGGAAAACCACCAAUCGACCGCCCCCAUCCGGUGAUGGACAGCAGCACUCUCCAAUCGUCUUGCAAGAAGGCCUCAGAGGGACCAGCCACCCUGCCCUCGUGUCUCCCUUGCUUCCCAGUUCUCUGUCUGCCUCACCCAUCCCAAGGACACACACCCCUAGCAUCCGAGUGUGUGUGUGUGUGUGUGUGUGUGUGAGCGUCUGCAGUGUGUCCUCUCACCCAUCCGACCAUCAGUUGAGACAUCCCAACAGAGGACUAAAUGCUGAAUAUGCUGCUGAAUUGAGUCGUAUUCCAUUAAGUGUAAUAAUUUGCUGAAUGCUAUGAAGGAACCUUUGUUUGUUUUGUUUUUGUUUCAUUUAUUUAUCUUUUUUUUUUGUUGAGGAAAAGAACAUGAACAGAAGUUUUUGCUGUUUUAUAUAUGCAUUCAUUCUUUGCCCUCUCUUUUACGAAGCCUGUACAAUCUUUUGAACGUGAAGUUUUAGGCAUUGUCAGAUAAAUACAUCCAUCUACCUGGAGUCUAUUUUUCCCAAAGUUCUGAUCCCUCCCUUACAAUAGCUAGCUGUGUGACAUGUGUUGUUGUUAUGUGUGUGUGUGUGUGUGUGUUUAGAUGUGGUGUGUGUGUGUGUGUGUGCGCUUGUGUGUGUGUGUGUGUGUGUGUGUGUGUUUACAGUAUCUCAAGUUUUCCCUUUCUGUCCUCUGCUCCACACUCCUGGUUUCAUCAAGCUUUUCUCACUUUAUUUUAGUGCCUUUCUGGAACACUCUGAACAAUAAAAAGAAAAUUGUAUACCUCUGGAA